CAGAGUCUGACCUGGUUUACUGCUACUGCUGCCAUCGCAUCCUGAUCCAACUAACGAACUUUGAGAAAGCUCUCAAAACGAAAUGGAUAAAACUACUGCUGCACCCUUCUAUAACAUCGACACCACAGAUGUAUCUGGUGCAAAUGGCUCUUCUUAUGAAGUCAGCAAUGACUAUGACUAUGAUGAGUAUGCUGAGCUGAGAAAGUCUCUCCACAUCAUGUCUCUCAUUAUUUACUGCCUGGUCUUUGUUCUUGGUGUGCUCGGCAAUGGAGUGGUUAUCUGGGUGACCAGGUUCAAGAUGAAGAAAACAGUUAGUACAGUUUGGUUCCUCAAUCUCGCUGUGGCUGACAUCCUCUUCAUAGGAUUUCUGCCCCUGAGUGUGACCUACACAGCUAUGGAUUUCCACUGGCCUUUUGGCAGAUUUAUGUGUAAACUUCACAGCACUGUAAGCUUCUUGAACAUGUUUGCCAGUGUCUACAUUCUGGUGGUGAUCAGUGUGGACAGAUGUGUGUCUGUGGUUUGGCCCGUCUGGGCCCAGAACCACCGAAGUGUCCGUAAGGCAUCCUUUGUGUGUCUGGGUGUUUGGAUACUGGCUCUGAUUCUUAGCACUCCGUACUUCAUCUUCAGGGACAUUGGGCCGUCAUAUUACAAUGACGACAUCAUCCACUGCUUAUACAAUUUUGCUUUUUCUGACGACUAUAAAACACCAUCUGUGAUUCAGCUGCGACAGCUUCGUCAUCAGGCCAUGAUCAUCACUGUCCUCCUCCUGGGGUUCGUUGUACCCUUCACUGUUAUUCUGUCCUGUUAUGUUGUGAUAAUCCAUAGAUUCAGAAGAAACCACACUCUGGUCAGAUGGUCAAGUCGGCCCUUUAAGAUCAUCCCUGCAGUUAUCACCACUUUUUUCCUGUGCUUUGCUCCUUUUCACAUCAUGGCUGUAAUUGAGUUGGUAAAUCACAUGGCUAAUCAUGCAAGUGAAACAUUACACAAUGUUGUCGCUAUUGGGACUCCUAUAGCAAAGAGUGUGGCCUGUCUCAACAGUUCCUUGAACCCACUGCUGUAUGUGUUCAUGGGCCAGAAUUUCAAAGACAACAUAAAUAAAUCCAUCCUGAAUGUUUUGGAGACUGUCUUCCAGGAUAAUGUUUCUUAUACCUACAAAAAGUCUACGGUCACCAGUCGAAGCCAUGCGGCUGUAUGA